CAAGGAGCUCACUAGACUCACUCGGUGACCGGUUACGGUCGCAGUCAGACGAAUUUUAAAUGAUUCCACUUUCCCUGUGACAUCUGACGCAUGGUGGAGCGUAAUAUUAGGCAGACGAUAUUUUAAUUUGUUCCUAUUGUUUUGUUUUAUUUUGACCUUCCUAUUAUUUUUCGAACGUUUUUCCCUUAUUUUUUUUUUAUCACACAGUCUUGUUGAAGCUACAUUCUAAAGAGGGAUAUUUUAUUAAAUAAAUGUGAACUUAUACGUGCAUGUGAACAAUUGAAACUAUGAACAUGAGGAUAUUAUCUUUUGCGGUGAUCGGAAUUAUAGGGCUCAUCGUCAAAGGAGAUGAUGAUCUUAAACCUAAACCACCAUCUGUUUCAGUUGAAUAUAAUGUUACAUGUUCGCCAAAGUGGAUGAUAGUCACAGUAAAUGUCAACUCAUCAUCAGCAUUAGUUUACUUAGAAAGACUAAAAAACUACAUUGAUUGCGAACCUGAUAAAGUAGGAGAAAUGUUCGUUUUCAAGCUGCCUCUAGAUAACAUUUAUACUUGUGGUACAACGAGAAUGCUCAACAAAUUAACGGGCGUUCGCAUUUAUUAUCACAGAAUUAUUGUAGAAGAGCCUCAUGAAGAAUUCCAAAUGAUUCUAGCUUCUUGUAAUAUACCUCCAACACAUAACAUGACAAGCCCACAAACACUCUCUAGAAGAAGAAGAAACACAUUACCAGAAAAUUUUGUUGAGCCUGACUACGUGAACAUCACAGACUACAUUGUAGCAAGUGGCCCAGUUCCUUAUCUGAAUUUAGCAGUCAGGCAGCAUGGAAAAAUUCUAGAUACAACGCUAAAUGUCCAGCCAGGCACGCCUUUAGAAAUGCUAAUAUACCUGGACAGAAAAAGUGCAGAAACGUAUGGUUUAUUAACAAGCUUUCUGAAAGUCACAGACAGCUCGCCAAACCAAGAGGAAGUAAUCAUAAUGAACGGGUGUUCCAUCGAUCCGUACAUUUUCGGGAAUUUCCAAUCCCUGGAAAAUGGAGACGCUCUGUCGGCGAAAUUCAGAGCAUUCAAGUUUCCUGACGCCAAUUAUGUGCUCUUUGUUGGUACAGUCAGCGUCUGUUUACAACAAUGCCGCGGGGUUCCAUGUGGGAAUGGUCAGUUAGGAUAUGGGCGAAGAAAACGAAGAUCCAUACCUUCUGAUCUGCCACCCGAUCCGAACAAAGUGUUUGAAGUGGAGAUGACCACAUUUCUCAAAGUUGAAUAUUCGGAAGAUCAUUUCACUUUAAACAAAGGAUCAUUAAAAGGAGACUUCGAGAACAACCAAAAGAAAUCGGAGCAACAGGCAAACGUAAGCUUCAGUUCCGUAAACGAAGUUGCCGCCCUCUAUGGUAACAACAGCAGUUCUCGUCAGUCAUACAGCUACAUGAGAACCAUAAUCGGAAGUACAUUGCUACUCAUAUUCCAUUCUUGCUGGUUACGAGGAUUAUGGAAAUGAGGAGGAAAAAAACACACAAAGCGAAUCUUGUUUUUCGCUUAUAACUUUGCCAAUGUUUCGCCAAUUCUAAUCACGUGGUUUUCACUGAUCUCAUAACAAGUAUUCAUUGAACUUAACGCAUCUGCUCAUUCUCAACUAAAACAUUUCAAGAGAUGCCCGAUUUGUCUCACCCCAUUUUCGAACUUUCUUAUCAUGUCAUAUUUAUCGCUAUCAUGUGAUUGUACAUAAUUUUCAAUCGACAAUAAUUUCACUGUUUAAAAUUAUAAUAAUAAGAAUAUUACAUGACAUAAUUUUGUGUAUAAUAAUCAGUCUGUAGUCAAAUGUGUCAAAAACAUCAGUUUGUAUCACCAAACAACGGAGUUAACAAAUUUAAACUUACAUUAAUCGACAAAAGGAUUUCCUCAAUGCUAAUUGGAUUUUUCACAACAACAUAAUGGGAUAUUAGAAGAAUAAUAGUUAAAUGUUAUAUUUCUUUUUUCUUUUUCACAUAAGGUACUCCUAUAUUAAUUGCUCAGUGGUUAGGGCACUGAGCUGUCAUUGUGAGGAACUGGGGCUCGAUCUCCAGUUGCAGCUUGAAGCCCACCCAGCUUCAGAUUGAUAGGUAACAGCUUGUCUGGAAAGUAAACGCAGCCUGUGGGUGUGGGUAGUGCUGACCACUUUACCAAAAUCAUGCCAUUGUUCACAAAAUUGUGGAGCUAUACCUUUCAUAUACUCCCUCGCCCUCAGCGGAAUGUUGCGGGAAUGUUUUUUUUUUAAUUUUUACUCGUAUAUUAAGUACUCACAUUUAGUGUUUGCGUUUCAGACGUUAUAAAUAUGUAAGAAACAGUUUUAUUGUAACAGUCAAUGAUGUUUAUUGUAUUUUUUGCUCAUUAAAAUUCAUAUGUUUUAAGCAUCCAUAUUUAAUUAAAAUUACAUUGUCAUUGUAACAUUUUAUAACAGGAACGAAAUAACGCAUGAAAAAACAGUUAUAUCUUAUUUUUCUUACAUGGGAUAUUUAACAAUUGUGCAAUGUGCGUCACAUAAAUAAUAUUUUUUGUAAAAACAAAUGUAGAAAGAAAUGUAAAAAUUCUUAAAUUAUCUACUUCUUACAUUCACUUCAUUAACAUGACAACUUUUGUGAACCGUAUGAUGCAUUCCAUCAUGAUCAAAAUGCUGUACAAAAGAUUGGGCAUCUCUUGAAAUGAUUAAUCUAACUUUGUGGAAAGACGAAGUAUUGCACUGUAAAACACUGUCUUGUGUCGAUGGUGAAGGAUUAUUUUGUAGGUGAAUGACUGUAUUUUUUUCUCAAUCCCGGGAAGAAGUUAUUCCUCAAUAAAGGAUUAGCCAAAGUGUCGCUGAACAAAUGCUUCGUGCUAUGUUUAUGUUGGUUUUUAACUUUUAAGAGUGCUUGAUUUUAACGUUAUUGACUCCUGAGUGUUAAUUAUCAAUAAAAAUACUUAAUUUAUCUAAA